AUGAACAACGGCCUCGGAUCUACGUACGGCGUCUGGCUCGUGUCUCUCUUCAUCGAGACUAUGCUCUUCGGAGCCGGCGCUCUCCAGGCUUGGAUAUACUUCUUCAGCAAAAACAACGAUACCGCGCGCAUCAAGUCGACGGCAAGUGUUCUGAACCGCGGUCGCGGAUUCGGGCGACUCAUUUUUUUCUUUCUCUACAGGUUGCCGUCGUCAUGUAGGUUGAUCAGUCGAAUCUGCGCUGUCUCUGACGUUGCUGCCCAGGGGAGGACUCGCUUCAAUUGUUAUCUGCUGUGCGACCAUGAUAUUUCUUCUGGACUUGAGCUUAUGUUUCUGCAGUAUCUGUCCGCUUUUUGCGUUCAGUUGUCCGUUUUCAAUACAUGCUUGACCCGCGGACGCAAACCAUUCAGUCUCUCCGCAAUCGGAAUGUAUUUCAUCAGCCUCUUUGCCCUCCUCCAAGUCGGCGCCGGGAUUGCCCAGGUCAUUGCCUCGCACCAAGUCCGGUUCUACGCGAAACUCGACUCGACCAAGGCGUGGACCCUAGUGUCUUCAGCUCUUUUCAACACUGAUCGAUCCGCAAGGCCAUCACGACGUUGCAAGCCGCCGCCUCGCUUGCCUGCGAUUUUGGGUGCCAAUGUUUUCGAGGUGUUUGGCCCGCUGACUGUUGUUCGCUGUAGGACCAACUACGUGAUCGACCGCUUGAUGUACGUCGUCUCUUGGUUUCCCGGACACAAGCACAUACCUGUCCACGGCAGCUACGACGCGAUCAACUGUGGGACGCUCACCUCCCUCGCCUCAGCCGCGACCAUGAUUCUUUUCCUGGCUGUUCCCGACACGUUCUGGUUCUUCCUCGGCCUCGCCCCAAGCAGCAAAUUGUACAUGAACAGCAUGCUGGCCACUCUCAACACCCGCAGCCGCCUGCGUGAACAUAUGACCUCGCAAGACAAAGGCUGGAACUCGAUCAGCAUGGAGACGAUCGGCUCGAGCGCCCGGAAGCGGCUCCAGGUGCAGGUCGCUGUGGACCACGAAGCCGAUAUGGUGCGCGUCGUUGUCUCUUAUUGGGCUCAGGAUUGGCUUGCUCACUCAUCGGAAACCUAG